UUCUAGAAAAUUUCUGAGAUCAAUUUCAAAAUUUCUGUUUUUUGGCGGACAUUUACUCCUUUUUCCUAUAAUGUCCCUGAUAAAAAGCUCUUUAUGUGUUGAUUUUGUACGUUUUUAUCCUUAAACCUCAACUCGGCUCAUUUGGUUCCGCUUAUCUUCCAUAUUGCCCCUCAGCGGGAAAUAAACGCAAAGUUUUCCACGCGUGGAUGUGACGAACCAGAACAUCCAGCAGCGUGACCAGUGGUCAUAAUGUUUUGCCUGAUCGGCGCAGUUUUUAAGUUUCGUUUUCAGGGAAGCGAAGAAGAACGAAAGUAUCGCAGCUGAUGCUGACGGACCGGACACAGAACCCAGCUGAUCCGACAAAAACGGCUGAUCGUUUUCUGGUUCGGAACCUCGAACCGAACCGAACAGAUAAAAGUUCCGCUCCGAUGUCUGUCUUCUGGAUAGCCGAGCAUUUUUUGAGACUGAGCCUUCUGGGUCGCAGGGAGUUCGAGAUGAGAGGCCUCCUUAACUACUAUCUGUCCUGCUGUGUCAACACUUUGCUGCAGACCCUCAACGCCACCUGGGAACUGGCAGACAUAUUAGAAAAGUGGAAAUCCGCCGGUGUGAGAGCAGAAGAUAAUGUUCCCUUCCAGCUAAAGCGGAUCCUGAAGAUGAUGCAGGAAGACCUUCCUCAUCCCGCUCCUCAUAUGGACUUCCUCCGCUGCUUGGACAGAAACCGCAUCCGGCUGAGUAUGCAGCACGAUGCAGACGAAGUUUUCUUCUCCAUUCUGGAUUUCAUUCAGCGGCAAAUGGAUGACCGGACUCUGGCUCUUGAAAUCCAGAAUUUGUAUAAGAUUUCAGUGGAAACACAGGUGCAAUGUUUGGAGUGUAACAACGUUCAAACGCUGAACAGUCACCUGCUCAGCCUGCCGCUACACAUAAAGGAAGACCGAAACUCUCUGAAGGACUGCGUGAUCUCCUUCUUCGAGCAGCAGGAGCUGCGGGGAAUUGACUGCUGCUUUUGUGCACAGUGUGAAGCCAAGACGCCAACCAAACAGGGUGUCAAGCUUUGCUCUCUGCCUCAAAUCUUGUGCAUACAAUUGAAACGCUUCAGAAAUAUACGUGGACUCACCCGAAAACUCAACUGUAGAGUCACUUUCCCAGAAACAUUCAACUUCUCUGAGUUUCAGAGAGAAACCUUCUCUUCACACUUUACCCAGCAGAAUGACUGCAGGUAUACUUUAUAUGCGGUGGUUGUGCAUUAUGGCGAUGCAAUGUGUGGACAUUACACCGCUUAUGUCCGCCACAGAGUGAGCAACCGCUGGUAUUAUGCAGAUGACAGCCGUGUUUCUCAAUCCUCUUGGGAAGAUGUGCAGAAAACUGAAGGACAUCACUACAGAGGGACUGCAUAUAUGCUAAUGUACAGAAAAGAUCCAAAAGAAGACAACCAACAACCGGAUCUGUCUGGCUGAAGCAUUAGAAGAAGAAAAGUUGAUGAUGCAACAUAGAAAAUUAUAAAUUAUUUACAAAUGGUUUGUGGUGUUUUUAUUAUCUUUUAUUGACAGAUUAUAUUUGUUAAAUAUUGUUAACCAUUUAAGGAAGCUUGUCAGGAUUGUAAACACACCAACUGUUUGUGACAAAGGCCAGAAGAUGGCGCUCCAGCAUUAAAGUAUGUGACGUCCACAGUACAGGGGAGAUUUUAAGGAAACUUCAGCAAUAAGACUCAUUUUUAUGUUUGUAGGGUUAAUAUGUUAAUAUCUGAUUAAAUAUAUUUGUAUUUAAAUUUCUUUUGAUCACACAAGCUUUAUUUUAACCAGUAUUGUGAAAAUUAUUGAUUAUUAUACUUUUUAAAGGUUAACAGAAGUUAUUGAUGUGAGACAAAACAGUCAACUUCACAAAAACCGGUGCUUUUUAUUCUGCUUUUCUCAGUUCUGGGGUUCCUCAGGGAUCAAUGUUGGGUUCCCUGCUUUAUGUUUUCUACAUGCUUUUCUUGGGUCUGUUAUUUCAUCGCUCUGGUUAAUAUUCAGAUCAAUUUACAGAAUUAAUGUUGCAAUUAAAAUCCAUGAUGAAAUUAACAAAAA